CCCAUCCCAUCCCAUCCUAUCCCGCCCCAUCGGCAUUGCAGUGCAGGACCAGUCUUUCUCCUCUCUUUCUCUCAGGGUGCCUCUCCUCUCCUGUGUACGCAUCCUCACUAGGGGGAAGAAAGGGCGGAAAAGGGUCUCAUUCGCAUAGCCAUCUGCACCCCAUCCUUUGAACUCUUCACUUCCUCCUUCCUCUCCCUUUCCUCUCGCUACUUCUUCUUCUUUCUUCUUGCCCAUUCUCUUUUCUUUCUCGUAACUGGCUCAGUCAUCUCCAUCCAUCCCCUUUGCAUGGCCGCACCACUCUCACUCUCUUCUUGAAAUUAUCCAUUUAACCGCCAAUCUCCAAGAUGGAUCCUACACUGCAAGAGUUCUACUCUCUCUCGCGUUCAGCCUCGCAAGAGCGUCCCAUGAGCGAACUCCUGUCCACGUCUCACAGCCUCCGUCCCUCACGGAGUUCAUCCAGACAACAACACCAUCAAGACCGACCCGCCAGUGCCAAUGUCUAUGCCUGGUCGCACUACCGCCCGAUGUCUGUGCCCUCAAUCGCGCAGAUCUACCUCCAGCCAAAUUACCAGCCUAGCAACCAGGAAGCACUUCGGCCAGGUCCAGGCUCUUCUCAUCAGAGACACCAUACUUCAGGUAGCACUCCUGACUACUCAUAUCGCGCAGCUGCUACAGAGACACAGGCCCUGAGUAACGGCGACGGUGACUCGACGCAGACUGACCCUCAAGGGUUUCAAUCGCAGCAUGACCCUUCCAUAUAUACCGCAAACGACGAGAACAAUGCGGGGACAUCGAAUGAUCAACACGCUCACGUGGAGCGGCUGGAGGAUCUGGACGACUAUGGGCCAUAUUCUGCAAACCAGAGGCCACAGUCGAAUGCUGGACCGUACAAUAACUACAGUAACGAUGGCCUGCAUGGUGAGGAUAUGGAUGGGGAUCGUCAUGAUGAGAGGUCGAUGCUGUUGACCCCUCAGAAGCCUACGCCGACCCCUUUGCCCAGGGUCCCUCUCUUCGUGCUGAGCAUUGUCAUCUUCUCGGACCCCCUGACCUCGACGAUCCUGUUCCCCUUUGUGUACUUUAUGGUAUGGGACUUUCAUCUCACCGAUAAUGAGGACGAGAUCGGCUUCUUCUGCGGCUUGAUCGCGUCGUCCUUCUUCUUUGCGCAGUUCUGUACCUCCAUCUUCUGGGGCUACAUGUCCGACAGAUAUGGCAGACGGCCCAUCCUUCUCUUCGGCCUAUGUGGGUCGACCAUUGCAUGUAUCUUUUUCGGGCUGAGCAAGAGUCUGGCCUGGGCCAUCAUCAGUCGAUCCAUGUGCGGUCUCCUCAAUGGAAACGUUGGCGUAGCCAAAUCGAUGCUUGGUGAGAUUGCGGACCAUACAAAUCAAUCGCAGGCCUUUAGCAUCUUUGGUUUUGCAUGGGGCAUUGGAAUGAUUGUUGGACCGGUCUUGGGAGGAUAUCUCGCCAAUCCUGCAAAGACAUUUCCUGAUAUCUUUGGCAACUGGGCGUUCUUUAUCGAAUACCCUUACUUUCUCCCAUGCUUUGUUGCUGCCAUGGGUAGCGUGGUCGGGUUCAUAGUCGGCUAUUUUUUCCUGGAAGAAACCAAGGGCAGAAAAAAUACUGCUGAGGAGGAAGCGCAACUUCAGGAGGAUGAUGUUUAUUCAGACAGCUACCAAAACGACGACCAAGAAAUGGAAGAGGGCCCCUCCGGUACAAAUCAAUAUUCUCAGCUUGCUAAACCCACUGGUACUAAUGCUGAUGCCACAGCCACAGCGUCCACUGAUGUCGAUCUCGAGCGCCAAUCGUUCAUGAUGACUCCAAGUAUGUCACAGCCGCAGCAGGUCAAAUCCGGGAAGCGUCGUAACCUAGGUCGAUCGCAAUACGGAUCCAUGAUGACCUUGGCCUUGGAUACAAGAGACAAUGGCUUAUCGCAGCACAUCCCAGAUACUUAUACAUCUAUCUCUGCAAGGUCGACACUCUCACGGAGAGUGAACCCAACAAGAACGAGCAAUAUCCCCGAAAGACGCCUUUCAGUAUCCGUUAUCGACGCCAUGGGCCGUAAUUAUGUCGAGCGAUCGAUCGGCUCCAGAUACUCGUCAUUCUAUGCGUCUCGGCCACUUUCAUCUGGCGGAAUAUUCUCGGGUGCAGAUCCGUUCCUAAUGAACUCGCAAGGGGUGACCACGAUCCCUGCGGACGCAACAUCCCUCAGCCUAUAUGGAUACAUGAUGGACGACCACGAUGACCCUGAAUCUGGAAGGCGGAAUAGAAUGUCCGUCGCACCAUCCCAGGUCUUUGUCCUGCCGCCGGAUCCCGAAAACAAAGACCCAAAUCAGCCUGUCCAGUUGUUUGUCGUCCAGUCCGAUACUGGAUUAUCUCCGCUCUCGAUUACGACCAUUGUCGCCUACGCAAUGCUAGCGCUGCACACGAUCAUCUUCGAAGAGGUCUACACUCUAUAUACGGUUACGCCCUUGGCAUCCCAUGGAUUGGGCUGGGAUGCAAUUCAGCUAUCGACCAGUCUUGCCUGCAUGGGUCUCGUGCAGCUGUUCCUACAGUUUGUGGUCUACCCCAAGCUGGAGCGGCGAUUUUCAGCAGUGUGGCUCUUCCGAUGUGCACAGCUUAUGUAUGUCUGUGUCUAUCUCUCCCUCCCGAUGAUUCGCGCCUUUGCAGUAGACGAGGAGGAUACGGAGACUGGCGGACAGAUCCCGCGCGUGCGAUAUUUAGUCCUGACCGUCCUAGUCUUCAAGUAUUUUUGCAGCGUCUUUUCAUACACGUCCAUUAUGGUCAUGAUCACGAAUUCGUCGCCGCCUCAUCUGCUCGGCACCAUCAAUGGCAUCGGGCAAACGUCGGCCUCGUUCAUGCGCGCAUUCGGGCCCGCCUUGGGCGGAAUUCUCUGGGCCUGGUCGCUGUCGAACAAGCUGAGCUUCCCAUUCAAUUACUUUUUCGUCUUUUUCCUUAUUGGUAUGAUUGCUAUUAUGGGCUUCAUCCAUAGUCUCUCGAUCCCACGCGACCUUGGUCAAUAG